UUGGCUUUGUAAGACACCUGUCUCUAGACUCUCCGUGCUAUACGACAAUUCACUGCAAACGAAGGCGUUACUCAGGCUGGAAGUGUGCUUUGGAAGAAACACACUCUGGAAGAAUGAUGCAGAUGUUGGGCCUCCUUAUCAUUGUCAUCUCAGUGACAUUAUGUGAUGCACAAUGCUGGCAGAAAAUAACUGAAUCUGAUGGACAAGGCUGCACUGAUGAGAACGGAGUGCUACAUGAAUUCAACUCCAAAUGGAAAACGAAGGAUUGCCAGAGCUGUAGCUGUGGCAAGGAAACGAUGCAGUGCUGCAGCCUCAUUGCCACCCCUGUUGACUACGACAAAGAGAAAUGUGAAAGUAUAUUCUACGAGGAGACCUGUAGCUACAAAGUGGUGGAGAAGGCUGACCCCUCUAAGCUCUGCGAGGUCCAUGGUUUUGUGGGCUAACAAACAACCCAUUCAGAAUCAAGAUUGGCAUCUGGGCAAAUCCUUUUGGAUCACAGUUGUUUUUAAGCAUCCUUAAGCAAUUCAGUGUGUGAGAAUACCAGCACUGUAUUUGAUUCUAGGGUAUUUCCGUUACUAUCUGCGGUAGCAUAAUCGAGCUAUGAGCACAGGUCUUGUAACUUCUUUUCUGAUGAUCAUUUGAUUAAAAUAAACUG